UUUGACAACAAUUUGUCAUAUUAAUGUAAUACUGAAUGAGUGGUAGAUGUUGAUUGUUCAAAGCUCUUGUAUCCAGUAUAAAGGUCAGUUGGCUUCAUAUCUCUGGGAUAUACAGUAUACAUAUUAUCUGUUAACUGAAAUUUAAAUAAUACCCAUCAAAGGGCAUAAAUUUAAUGGCUUUAACUCAAUAGCAAAAAAAUAAAAAAUAAAUCCAUUAUUGAAAAAAGAAUGUGUCUGUAAAGAUACAAAUAUACACACAGUUGUAAAAAGUGAUCAAGGCCUAGUGACCUUUAAACCUGUGCUGCCAAACCUCCAACUCAUGUAAUGCUCCUGAUAAAGCUCUUCCGUGAGUGAGCUUCGCAAACAACGCCACUGAAUAUAGCAAAACAAGGCAUGUCGUCCUUCCUUUCUUGGUUUGUACCAAGUGUUCCCACUUGGCUAACACCAAAUGCUAUUCCUUUACAUAGUGUUUUACAAGGUCUUGUGGGUGCUUGUGGAAUCUGGGUCCUUCGUAAUCUUUUAAAAACAUUCUUGUUUGUUGAAGCACAGAGUAUUGCAGAUCUAGACAAAGACCUUAAACCAAAGAACAAACUAAAUGGUGGACUAACAGAGAAAAUUCAGUUUUGGAUCCUCACAGCGGUUCUUUCUGUUGUGGGAUCUCGUGUUGCAUCACUGGUGGUUUUAGAGUUCUCCCUCAGAGCCAUUUCAGCGCGAAUCACAGGAGGAUCAGACUCAAUAAUUGACCCAGUGUUACUGCUACUUGUCCAGUGCCAGUUCUCCCUGGGCUGCGCACUAACCUGCAGCCUUAAAUUCCUCCAUGAGGGGGCACCACAAGGCUGGCUAAGCCUUCUUCUAGCAGUUGGACUAAGCUGGUUCUUGGCUAGCCGGUGCAGUAGAGUAUGGCGGCAUGUAAAUUCAAUGUAUCCAAUACACAGCACACAACGUUAUUGUGGACUAUGCAUUGGACUCCUAACCACUGGCACUUCAAUAUUAACCUGGCUCUGCACCGCCUUAAUAAUAACUUUUAGUGUAUCUGGAAUUGCUGCCAUAUCCAACAUAAACCAACACUUUCUUUCAACCACUGAGGCUCUGAGAUUUUGGACCCCACUCACAAUCUGCUACUCUCUUCUAGUUGUGUAUAUGAAUGAGGAUCGGAGGCAACAGCCUGGUCAACAGAUUGUCAACACAGUUGUUGUGCGACUAGGUGGGCUUUUCGUGUUACUGAUUACAGUGGGAACUUGGUCAGAUGUCCUCCAUGUUUUAAUCUGCUUUAUUGGUGAAGCUGCAUGUCUGUUACCAUCUCAAGACCUCUUGGAAGUCAUAUAUCAGCAUACCAGCUAUGAGCCUAAAGGACCAAUUAAAAGACCUGGUAACCAAGGAGAACAUAGGAAACUGGGAAAAUUUGAUUGAACUUAUGAAACCUCACACACUAUUCGCCUUUAUAUAUAUUAAAUAAUGUACAUUUAGGUAUUAUUUAAGAUAUAUGUGCUAUUUUGUCCUUCCUAUUAUGAAUGCUUUAGUCUGUCACUAUUUUAUUACUAGGCUACAUGAAAAAACAUGAAUGCCAUCAUCAUAAUAAAUACAUAAUUUUGUUUA